AUGGGUCAUUCCCUCAGUGUUUUGUUUUCACACUUUCAAGUCUUUUGGCUUUCUUUGCUUAGUAUAGUCACUAGCCUUACCAUUCUCAAAGUCCUAAGAUCUCAAUUAAUUGAGAUAUCCAAGAAACCAAAACUCCCACCAGGCCCAAAACCAUGGCCUAUAGUUGGUAACCUUCCUGAAAUGCUUGCAAACAGACCUACAUAUAAGUGGAUACACAAGUUGAUGAAAGAAAUGAACACUGAAAUCGCAUGUAUCCGCUUAGGAAAUGCCAAUGUAAUCCCAGUUACUUGUCCCACCAUUGCCAGUGAAUUCUUGAGAAAACAUGAUGCAACUUUUGCAUCAAGAUCAUUAAGCAUGUGCACUGAUGCAAUCAGUAGUGGAUAUUUAGGUGCAAUAUUUGCACCCUAUGGGGAUCAAUGGAAGAAAAUGAAGAAAAUCAUAAGCAAUGAUUUGCUUUCCCCACUCAGGCAUCAUUGGCUCCAAGACAGAAGGACUGAAGAAGCUGAUAACCUUAUGUUCUACAUCUACAACAAAUGCAAAAAUCCAAAUGAUUGUGGCUUUGUGAAUGUUAGGGCUGCUGCACGUGAUUAUUGUGGUAACGUGAUAAGGAAACUUAUUUUUAAUACAAGGUACUUUGGAAAUGGUGGUAAUGCUGGAGGACCAGGUUUUGAGGAAGAAGAACAUGUUGAUUCCAUCUUCACUUUGCUUAAGUACAUUUAUGCCUUUUCUGUUUCUGAUUAUUUGCCAUGCUUGAGGGGACUUGAUUUGGAAGGCCAUGAGAAUGAGGUAAAGAAAGCGAUGGGGAUCAUAAAAAAGUAUCAUGAUCCUAUCAUUGAACAGAGAAUCAAACAAUGGAAUGAUGGAUUAAAGGUUGAAUUAGAAGAGGACUGGCUUGAUAUUUUGAUCUCCUUGAAAGAUGUUAACAAUAACCCAUCAUUGACACAAGAGGAAAUCAAGGCGCAACUCAUAGAAUUGAUGCUUGCAACAGUGGACAAUCCCUCAAAUGCUGUUGAAUGGGCACUUGCAGAAAUGAUAAACCAACCUGAGUUGCUUCAAAGAGCCACUGAAGAAUUGGAUAAUGUUGUAGGCAAAGAAAGGCUAGUCCAAGAAUCAGAUAUUCCAAAGCUCAACUAUGUGAAGGCUUGUGCAAGAGAAACUUUACGCCUUCAUCCAAUUGCACCUUUCAUUCCUCCCCAUGUGGCUAUGAAUGACACAAUAGUUGGUAAUUACUUGAUUCCUAAGGGUUCUCAUGUAGUCCUAAGCAGACAAGAACUUGGGAGAAACUCAAAAGUGUGGAAUGAACCCCUCAAGUUCAAACCUGAACGCCACCACAAGAAUAAUGGCUCUGAUAUCGUUUUGACAGAGCCAGAUUUGAGGUUCAUAACAUUCAGCACGGGAAGGCGUGGUUGUCCUGGAGUGAUGCUUGGCACCACAAUGACUGUCAUGCUAUUUGCUAGGUUGAUCCAUGGUUUCACUUGGAGUGCACCACCCAAUGUUUCAAGCAUCAACCUUGCUGAGUCCAAUGAUGAUCUUCUUCUAGCUGAGCCACUUGUGGCAAUAGCAAAGCCAAGGUUAGCAGCAGAGCUCUACCACACAUGA